CUGCCAAAAGUUGGAUGCUAUCCGAAGACCUGUGCUUGUAUCAUAGCAGUAUAACAGAUAAUGAAGUUGAGGCUUGCGUAAGACCUCGACCGGAAUGGGUGUUAACGGAUUGUCAAAUGUUAGCUGAACUAGACUCUUUCGUAGAAGCCAAGAAUACUUUGCAGGCUACUAAACGAAUACACAGUGUACUCUCCAAUUCAGAUAAUAUGGAGGAAACAUUACCUCUUACCAAUUCCAAACGUCCAAGAGUUGAGACAAAGAACUCGUCUUACGCUUACGACUCAAUGGAACUUGAAGCAGUGGAGGCACAGAAAGUUUGUUUGCCUUCAAAAUACCCGACAACAAAUUUCAUGGAAACUGUUAUGUCACCGAUAGCCAGCACUUCCACUCAACAAAUGCCAGUGGCAACGUCUUCACCUAUAGCGCAACCAGUUCAGCAGACUACUAAGGAAAACUGUGAAUCAGAUAAUAAAGUAGCCAAUGAGUUGCAGUCCCUUAAAGGAGAAAUACAGUCCCUUAAAGGAGAAAUGCAUUCCUUUAAAGGAGAAAUGAAAGCAGAACUUCAGUCGCUGAAAACAAUGAUGGCGCAAUUGUUGUCAGUGAAUAAGUCAACGGGUGUGGCCGCCGUUGGAAGCGGGAAAUCAACCAUUGACAAUAGUCAACUGCAAUUCCCCGUAACUACUGAAGAAGAGUUCACCCAACUAGAAGCGUCACUUAAAAAUCCGAAAUUUAAAGAAUCAUUCAUGAUGAAAAUGGUGGAAAAAUUAUCUUUCAAUCCGGAGUCUUCGUUGAGAGCGAUGCUAAAUUAUGUUAUGGAGCCUAAGCUGUCAAGUCGUUUUACAGCAUUUGGAACUCCAAAGAAAUUGGCUCUCACUAAAUGCACCUUUUAUGCAGUUAUAACGUGUAAGCUUGUUUUAUUUAAUUAUUUCUUUUAGCCGUCAUUGUCAGCAAGUUCGUUUCGGCUACAAUUUCUGAUGACGACGUUAAGAAAAUUCUAAAAAAGACUGUAAAGGCCUACUUCCAUGAUAUACGUGAUCGCAUAGACAAAAGGGAGAGCCGGCGAAGAGUAAGUAAACGUUUUUGGUUAAAUUAAUGCUACUAUAGUAGCAUUGCAGUGUAUACACUACAAACCCUUUCAUGUUAUAAAUAUCAAUUAACUAAAUUGUGUUUUUAUUUUUUAAAGGUUGCAGUUGACAAUAAGAAAAGUGAUCAGAGGAUCUCUCCUGUAAGUUACCAUUUAAAUAAGUACAUGCUGUAGAAAUUACUGAAACUUAAGGUCUUUAAGUGUGAGUAUUUCUAUUAUAUAGACAAAUAAUUUUAAUUAUACUCAUUAAUGAAAUAAAAUUUCAAACCUGAAUAAACACGUUAAGUAUUUCAUUAUUACAGUGUCAACUGUCUGUAUAAGUGCCAGUGUGGAUUACUAUCUUAAUGAAUAAUUUUUCUUUCUUUUCAGGACACUUCAAUGGAUCUACUUGACGAUGGGGACAAUUAGUACAAGUGCAAUGAGAUAUCGAAUAACAAGGCUAUCAUUCUACCUGUGUGUAUUAAUCGCAACUGAAACUAUUCAUUAAUCCUAAAGAAUUAAUUUACCGAAAUCUUGUAAACUGUUUUCCUUUAACUCAAAAAAAUCAAAUAUAAUUUUUUCCGGUAAAAAACCUUAAUUUGACUUUUGAGUUGUUUGACGUAAUCAAUAUAAGGCUGUAGUAAAUGAGUGAUAGGGGGGAAAUUUACCAGGUUAACGGUUUAUAUUCGUUAAAAAGAGGGACAAAUUAUGGUGGUAAUAUUCGAUUGGAGAAUAGAGAAAUUCCGGGGACAGUAUAUGGAAAUAAUGCGAUUUCUGGGGACGAAAUGGCGUAAUCGCGGUGACCAAAUGGGGGAACUAUGCGAAUUCUGAGUACAGAAUGGCGAAACUGUGGGGACAAAAUGAGGUAAUUGUGGGGACAGAAUGGGGAAAUUGUUGGGACAGAAUGGGGAAAUUGUGGGGACAAAAUGGGGAAAAUAUGGUUAUGGUGGGGAUAACGGGACUUUACAAAAUGGGGAAAAGGGGGAAAAUCUUACUAUUUCCCCAUUUUAGACACGAUUUUCCCCCAUUUUUGUCGAUUUGGGUAUGAUUUAUUCCAAAGCAUUUAUCUCAUAAUCACUCAAAUUCCAGGAAGGAUCCAAUUCUACCAUUUGAAGAC